AAAACGCCUGUCUUCUGGAGCGCAGAGUAGUGUUGCAUCAUUCCGUGCACAAAGAAGACUUUCAAGCAUAUUCCGGUAUUCGGAUUUAAAGGAACCUAGACCACGGACUAAGAGCCGAUUAUCACUGCUCAAACUCUCAGCUGUUUUGGAUGCAGAUGAUCACGUAGUUGGUGGGCUAUAUUUAAAUAAAUUAAGCUCAGAGGUAUCUUUAUAUGCUGCUCCUGCAAGAGAAAUAGACAGCGUUUACUAA